CUUCCCCGACUCAAGAGGGAGCUUAUUGCGCACGCGCGGGGAGGAGCCGCGGGGCACGUUGGGAGCAGGUGUCUCUCCACAUGGCUGAGGAGGAAGCCACCAUCACAGUUCGCCUCAUCCGGUCCUUUGAACAUCGGAAUUUCAAACCUGUAGUGUAUCAUGGAGUUAAUUUGCAUCAAACUGUAAAGGAAUUUAUAAUAUUUCUAAAGCAAGAUGUCCCUUCGAGGACCAGCCUGCCACCACCCCUCAGAAAUUACAAAUACGAUACACUAAAGAUUCUUCAUCAAGCUCACAAAGCAAAGACAAAUGAGCUUGUAUUGGGUUUGGAGGAUGACGACACACUCCUGCUAAAGGAAGACAGAACACUGAAGGACUCAGGAAUAGCCAGUGAAACUGAAAUUGCAUUCUUCUGUGGAGAAGAUUAUAAGAGAUACAAAGCUAAUCCCAUCUCGUCCUGGUGAAAACGGCUGGGUACACCUUUGCAUACCUUUAUUCCACGAGUGAUUUAAAAAAAAACAAUGUCAAAUAAAUCUUUAA